UCAAAGCUAGGUGGAUUAAUGAGACACGCGGAGUAGUUGAUUAGUAGCUACAGACCAGGGAUCCCAUCUCCUUUGUACGUAGGUACUAGCAUAUAUGUACUCUCGUCCAGUUCAUCGAUGUAAUGAAUUCCUGCGAGUUAGAGCAUCUCCAUUAAGGACCUCAAGAAGCCCCCGGGCGCUUUUUUGGACGCCGGCGGGCAAAAACACCCCACUCAGGGCCCCAGGAAUCUGUUUUGGGCCGGAUUUGACAAAAGUUACGGCAGGCACGCCCACCCCAGGCGCUUUUUGCAUGCAUGGCCCACUUGCCAUCCCCUCUCUCUCAUCUCUCCUCUCCUUUCCUUUCUCUCUUUUCUGUCUCCUCUCUCCUCUCCUAUUCCUUCCACCACGGCACCACCUACCACACACAGCCGGAGCAGGGCUCGAGCGGCUGGAGCGGAGCAUGGCCGGGGCGGGGCUCGCGCUCGCGCGGCCGGAGCAGAGCAUGGACGGGGAGGGGUUCGUCUUCUUCGUCCUUGCAGUGGCCGUCUCCGCCCGCGCACUCCACGGCGCCCUCGGCGUACAGGGAGCAGCUGGAGGCGUGCCAGAUGGAGGCACUCCACGGCGCCCUCGCCAGCAUCGCCCGCUCCCUCGCCGCCAACGACAAGGCCGAGGCCGACGACCACGCCCAGCCCCCGCCGUCCUUCCCCGUCCGCCACCAGUACCUCGGCCUCUGCCCGCGCCCCGCGCUCGAGACCGUCUGGCUCUCCGCUCCCUCGUGCGCCGCGUGUAUGACUGCGUGGACACGAGCGACCCGCGGCCCGUCGCGCCGUUCGGCCACGACGACCCCUCGGCGUUCGCGUGCUUUGCCAGCGAGCAAACGAGGCGAUGCUAGGGGCCGCGGAGCUGCUGCGGGGUGCAGGUUUGAACAAAGGAGCUGCUGCAGGAUGCAGCCUUGUUCGCAUGUGUGUAGGCCGAGCUGCUGCUCGUGGCCAUGGCGAACAUGGUGGCCGGAGCUCCUGCCUGCGGGGGAUGGCGUCUACAAUGCAUGGAACGGAGCAGAGAGAGAGGGUUGCGAGGAGCUACUGCUCACCAGGGGUGUCAGGCAAGCACAACCACUCCUCCCCUGCCGUCGGCGUGGCCGACGCGCGCAGGCGACGUCAUCCUCACGGCCGACUGCAACCACGCCAUCGAGAUCAUGAUGGCCGUGCUGGCCUCGCCUGGCGCCAACGUGCUGCUGCCGCGGCCGGGGUACCCAACGUACGAGGCGCGCGCGGCCUUGUGCGGCCUCGAGUUCCGUCACUUCAAUCUUAUGCCGGAGAAGGGGACGACGUGGGCGCGGCCCCGUCCCCUUCCCUUCCCGCCAUGUCUCGCGCGCUCGCCGCCGCGGUCAUGGUCAAGGCACGCGCGCUUGGGCGGUUCGCGUUGUGGUGAUGGCGGGGGUACGUGCCUGGGGGUCAACGACUGGAUAUAUUUCCACCCCCACGCUAAAUGUUUCGUCGGCAGCCCCUCAAGAGGCGAAAAAAAAGCCUCCUGAGAAGCUCAACGGCUGGAGAUGCUCUUAGACAUUUCCCCGUCAAUCGCCAACGAAUUGUACGUCGCCACUAGGAAUCGAACAAGCUUCGACUUCUCAGCACGCAUACAACACUAAUCUACCAUGCCAAUAAAAAUUAUCCUUGCUCUGCUCUUGAUAGUCUGCUCGUCAUAACCCGAGACUCUGUUCCCGUGUGCCUGAAGACGUAUUCACUAUCAUCUGCCUUCACUGCGCAUUUUGCGCCACUCUUCUCCAUUUCGGCAACAGCAAACAAGAAACGAAAAAUACAACAAAGCUCAGAUGACAGUGGGUUAUGCUGAUGAUGAGUGUUUUUCUUGUUAAAGACACGAUAUAGGUCGACGUAUGAAAUCACCCCACAAAAAUUCAGUUUCUAUUAAAAGACCUAGAAAAAAAUUCAGCAGCAAUGAAGCCGUGUGAAAAGUGAAGGUACACCUAGCUAAGGUGCCGAAGAUCCGCUCCUAACAAGAGUUAAUAAACCCUAAAAGGAUGGGGAAUAUACCUGGUCAUAUGUCGGGUUGGGCUGGGCUU